AUGUUGGAUCUGAACAUAGAGAAGACGUCCCGCCGUCGCCUUUGCAGACAUGCUGAGGAGCGCCUGCUGUGCGCGGCGCUGGGACCCCCGCGCGCCCAGCCGUUCCCCUGCCCCCACCCUGCCUGCAAGUGAGUGUUGCGGGACACCGUGCAGUGCUCCGGGGACCCCGUGGCCCGCCCCGCCUAGCUUGGCCUGCCCGCCAACCUCACGCAUAUCCUGCUCUUCCGAAUGGGCCCUGGCACCUUUUGGAACGACAGCUUUGGCAGCAUGACGGUCCUGCAGCGCGUGAUGCUGACCGACAGCCCCAUGGCCUCCACCGCCCCUGGCGCCUUCUACGACCUGAUCAAACUUAAAACCCUGCGGCUGUUGCGCAACGGGAUCACGCACCUGCCGGCCGCGCUGGUGGGCAAGGUGCUGCUGCUGGAGCAGCUGUUUCUGGACCGCAACGAGCUGAAGGACAUCGAUCAGAACAUGUUUGGAAAACUGGUUCACCUGCCGGAGCUCUUCCUGAACCCAAACCAGCUCGCUGUCCUUCCCGCUCGCCUGCUCAGCCGUCUGGGGAACCUGAGACUGCGGGACGUGUCGGCAAACAAUCCGCCCCACCUGCCCCGGGGACUGCUCGAGGCGCAGGCCAGGCGGGAGAAGCUCGCGCUCCACUCGAACCGGCUCGAGGCUCUGGGAACCGGGCUGCUGAGCCCCCUGCGCGCCCCGAAGGAGCUGCCGCUGCACGGGAAUCACCUCCGCUCCAUCGCCCCCGGAGCCCUCGACACGCUCUGGAGCCUCAGCUACCUGACGCUUUCCAGAAACCGCCUGGAGUUUCUGCCCCCCACCCCCAAGCCCCCGUCCACCGCGCUCUUUCAUUCGGGAGAUUUGCCCUUCCUGACCCUGUUCGAACCGCUGGCAGAGGUGCCGGAGGUGCUCUUCAGGGAGCUGGCCGGCUUGCGGGAGCUGUGGCUGAACAGCACGCGGCUGCGCACCCUGCCCGCCGCCGCCCUGCGCCCCCUGAGCGGCCUGCGCGCCUUCGGGGUGACGGUGAGCCCGCGCCUCCGCGCGCUGCCGGAGGACGCCCUCCGGAGGCUGGCGGCGCCGCGGGAGCUCGCGCUGCACUCCAACCGCCUGGCCGCGCUCCCCAGCGCCCUGCUGCGCGGCCUCGACCCGCUGCGCCGCGAGUCGCUGCGCCGCCACCGGCUGCGGGCUCGGCCCCGCGCGCUCUUCCACCACCCCCGCGGCCUGGAGCGGGUCGAGCUCCAGCACAGCCAGCUGGAGACCCUGCCCGUUGACGCGUGCGGAUUGCCCCGGCUGGCGGAAGUCGGGCUCGGCCACCAUCCCUGGCGCGGCGACUGCAGCCUGCCUCCGCUGUGCCGCGGCCCCGGACCUCGCCCCAGCCUGCCGCUCUGGGAGCAAGGACCCGGAGUACCCGCACCCCCGCGGCCCGCCUCCCUGCCCUGCCCCAGCCGCCACCCGGCCGGCCUUGGCGCCCGCCAAGACCACAGCCUGUUCUGGGGGCUUUAUUUUCUGCUUUUAGCUACCCAGGCCGUCAUAACGGGGAUCAUCGUGUUUGCUGUGGUUAAACUCGGCCGGCUCUUUCGAAGAUUAAUCAGAGAGAGAGGGAGGGAGCUCUUGUUCGAGGCAAAGGGGAAACCUUGCACCUAAUUAAAACGGGGCCAGAGUGUUGGCAGAGGUGGCUCUGGGGG